AGCAGCCCCGCACAUGCCCAGCAGCCCCGCACAUGCCCAGCAGCCCCGCACAUGCCCAGCAGCCCCGCUCGGCCGCCGCCGCGCCCUCCGGACGGCAGAUAUGAAUUACUCUCGAUUCAUCAACACUGUGAGUGCAGCAAGAAAAGCAUCUCCAAUAAGACUUCUGACUGAAUUGAUGCAGAAAUCUCCUCCAUCUCUUAUCUCUCUGGCUGGAGGGGCACCAAACCCAAAUGUUUUUCCAUUUAAGAGGGCUACUGUGGCCAUUGAGCAUGGAACCUCACUUGAGAUUGGGGAAGAUUUGAUGAAGAGAGCUCUUCAGUACUCAGCCUCAGCAGGGAUUCCAGAGCUGUUGUCUUGGCUAAAGAAUUUUCAGCAGAAUCUGCAUAAUCCUCCCACAGCCAACUACAGUCCUGAGCAAGGACAAAUGGAAGUGUGUGUCACAACCGGCAGCCAGGAAGGCUUGAGUAAAGUAUUUGAAAUGCUCAUUAAUCCUGGAGACAACAUCCUUUUGGAUGCACCUACAUACUCUGGUACACUAGCAGCUCUGAGACCUUUGGGUUGUAACAUAAUCAACGUUCCUAGUGACCAACAUGGCAUUAUACCAAAAGCUCUCAAAGAAAUUCUAUCUACUUGGAGCACAGAAGACGUGAAAAAUCAUAGCCACCACCUCCCCAAAUUCCUGUACACUAUUCCAAACGGCUGCAACCCAACUGGAAACUCUUUAACCACAGAGCGCAAAAAGGAGAUUUACCAGCUUGCAAGAAAAUAUGAUUUCCUCAUAAUAGAAGAUGAUCCUUACUACUUUCUUCAGUUUGAAAAGCCAUGGGCUCCAACUUUCCUCUCAAUGGAUGUGGAUGGCAGAGUUAUCAGGACUGACUCUUUCUCUAAAAUUCUCUCGUCUGGGUUAAGAAUAGGUUUUCUGACUGGUCCCAAGCCUCUUAUCGACAGAGUUAUUCUACACAUUCAAGUUUCAACAAUGCACACCAGCACUUUCACACAGAUUAUGAUAUCACAGCUGCUGCAGCAAUGGGGAGAAAAGGGUUUCUUGGAGCAUAUAGACAGAGUGGUGGAGUUCUACAGGAUCCAGCGGGAUGCAAUGCUCAUUGCUGCUGACAAGUGGUUAAAAGAUUUGGCAGAAUGGUACCCUCCUGCUGCUGGCAUGUUCUUAUGGAUCAAAAUUAAGGGUGUUUCUGAUACACAGCAGCUGAUCAUGGAAAAGGCUUUGCAGAAAGAAGUGUUACUUGUUCCUGGAGGAGCCUUCAAUAUCGAUAGUUCAGAGCCUAGUCCUUAUGUCAGAGCCUCCUUCUCUCUCUCUUCUCCAGCCCAGAUGGAUCUGGCCUUCCAGAGACUGGCUGACCUUAUAAAAGAAGCUUUGUGAAAAAGCUAAGGACAGCAGCAAUUGAAAUUGUCUCCAGAAAAUAUUUAUUAAUGUUUGGAUUUCAUCAGAACACUUUAAAAGCAAGCACAGUGGAUGUUUCCUUAGAUCAUUUCAGCUAAAAAGGCAAAAAAUGAGUGAAAAACAAUUUGCCUAGUUUUUUUUUAAUGUUGCAUUACUAAAUUUAUUUCAAUUCAGAAACAUUUAAAAUCUCCAAAAUAUUCUGUUUCCUGCCAAAUCCAUAGUUCUGUUAGUUUUGAAUUGAUUUUUGUUCCAGCUUUUGUUUUCCGUUUGGGUUGGGAAAUGGUGAAAUCAGCUACUUGGGAAGUUGUACCUUAGGUGGUCUUAGCACUGUUGCUUAAUCCUGACUGAUACAUUCCUCCAACACCUUAUGUUGGAUCUGGUUUUGUGUGUCACUUUCCUUCUUGUCCUGCUGUGUGGCAUCUAGUUUUGAAGAUUCAAAGAUCAGUAUUUAAUUUUACUAUAGUUUUGUCAGAUAAAACUGAUCUAAGGAUAUUAAAAAUUGAAACUGAUCCAGCAAAAUCAGGCUAUGAUUGCAAAUAAAACUAUUUGGCCUAAGGUCCUUUGCAAUUUGCAUGGGUUUUGCAGUGCAUUCUCUGAUUUAUAAAAGGCUUUCUGGUUGCUGGCUUCCACUUCAAUCUACGAAUAUUUACUCUGUACCUGUGUUAGAAAAUCUCUGGUUUGCAAAGGCACACAGAAGUGCUUUUAGUUAAUCAGUCAAUCAAUCAAUCAGACAUGUUUUUGAAGGGAGAGCAUAAGGAACUCAACAGGGGACAUAGUGGAAUGGAUCAUACCCUGACACUGCCAGAUGUAAAAAGCAAGCAAAAUGAAAAAAUAAAGUUUUGAUCUCUAA